GCAGCAUCCAAUGUGUCAGCGCCCAUGCAAAUGCGUGAGUUUGAGCCAUGGUGUUUGUCAGGGAAGCUGAGAUAGCUGUUCUAUUCGGCCACACUCCAUCCCGACUACAGGAUGGUGGUUGCGGCACGGAACUAUUGGAAAGUUUUUUACAUGGGAAAUAUGAAGAUGUCUUGAAACAUGGCAUUGGAGAAAAACUCUUGAAGGAAAACCCAGGGAAUAAAGACACCUUAGCUGCAAUUGUUUCACACAAUGUGGAGACAUAUAUUCUCAAUUCUGACAGAGAUAAAGAUAUUGUGCAGCUGGAGGUUCUGCUGGUCGGAGCGUCAUGUCUGCAGCUGUUUGUACAGAACAACUGGACAGGACCGUUGACCGACAAACAAGCAACGGAGUAUCUUGCCCCCUCUGUCUGCCAGUCAAACAAGGCCUUCAUAGAGUACAUACUGGGUGACUUGAGCCAAGAUGGUGCACCAGUAUACAGUUUGGCUAGACAUAUCACGUAUCUGUUUCUAGCCAGAAUUAUCUUCCUUGAUUGUCGUGACCAUUUGAAAAGUUUGCAGACCUCCGACUGGUGGCUGAUGAGGUUCGUGUCGCUGCAUCAGGAUCUGCUGGAGGAGAAGUCCCCGACUCACAAGGCCACAGUCCUGGGAAUCAUAGACGAAGUGUCUAAGAGGGAACCGCUGAUCACGAGUGAUGACAACAGGGACGUGGCCAUCUUGUUCCACCUGGAGGCCGGACAUCUGUGUCACACGUUCUAUGAGUACAGGAGAGCUACAGCGUGUUUCGGCGCUGCCCGGAAACUGUCUGGCUUGCAGGUCGAGCUGACAGGAGCUCUUGGCAAGAGAACCAAGUUCCAGCAGGAGGCCAAGGCUCAGCUCAUGUUGAAGGUGUCGAGGCCGGACACUGAGUGUUCAACCGGGACAUUUGAAAGCAAAACAGAUGAAGUUAUCAUUCCAAAGAAUGUCCCCCUGGAUGAUGACACUGUGCUGGACGGCGUGCAGCUCGCGGAGGGGGAACGCGAGUUCUGUGUCCGCCUUUCACAACUGGACCAGGCUGUCGUCCUCGGAAUCAUGGAGGACUACAAAAGGAAAAUGGCAAUUGAACGUCUGACGGAGGAGGAGAUCCUGACAUAUGUCAUUGGUAUUAUAGAUCAUAUGAGCAGCUGGUGUGUUGGUACAACGUGUCUGGCACUUCGCUCCAAGCUCCAGUGGGAUAGCCGACGAAGGGUGGAGCGGUCCAUGAACCAGUAUGAGGAAUUGGUGAGUCAGACGGAUCGGCCAAGCCCUCCAGUUAUAAGAAGACAGAACCUGUUCUAUGCCUCCAAGAUGCCCAGCAUAUGGUAUCUUCAGAAGAACCUGGCGACCCUGCUGUUGUCCCUGGGUCUGGUGGGAGCCGGACUGGAGAUCUAUGAACGGCUACAGAUGUGGGAAGAGGCCAUUGCGUGCUACCAGACGAUGGGGAAACUCGAGAAGGCAGAAAGUCUGAUACGAGAACAGUUGAAGGUGAAGGAGACGCCCAACCUGUACUGCUUCCUGGGUGAUGUGACUCGGAAUGCUGACCACUACCAUAAGGCGUGGGAGUUGUCCAACAGGCGGAGUGCCCGGGCCAUGCGAUGUCUGGGCUACCUGUACUUCGGCAGACAGGAGUAUGCGCAGUCCAUGGAAUGCUUUGAGAAGUCCUUGGAAAUAAAUGCCCUACAGAUCCCAGUGUGGUUCACGUACGGCUGCACGGCCAUGACGGUGGAGAAGUACGAAGAGGCCGCUGGAGCCUUCAGACGAUGUCUCCACAUUGAAGCCGAUAAUUUCGAAGCAUGGGGUAAUCUUUCCACUUGUUUGGUGAAAAUGAAAAAAUUACCUGCUGCAUUUAAAGUUUUGAAAGAUGCAAUCAAAUACAACUUUGAGAACUGGCGUCUGUGGGACAACUAUCUAACUAUCGGUACUGAUAUUGGAGAGUUUGAGGAUGUUAUCCAUGCCUAUCAUCGACUGAUGGACAUUAAACAGAAGUGGACUGAUGUACAGGUUUUGAGAAUCCUUGUCAACGCGGUAACUGAGAACCUGAAGGAUGCGGGAGACCAACCCUCAGCCCGACUCCGCCCAAAGCUCCAGGAACUGUUUGGUCGUGUCACAGCAGCAGUGACGACAGAGUCCGAGAUCUGGCGUCUCUACAGCAAGCUUGUCAGCAGUGUGGAGCACCCCGAUCAAACAACAUCCGAGAAGGCUGUGCAGUACCUUCAGAAGGCUCACCGAUGUGUGAUGCAGACCUCAGGUUGGGAGAAGGAUGUGGAUCAGUGUGUGAUUGUUGCAAAGCAGUCUCAGCAACUUGCUACAGAACAUCUCAAGUUUGCCGAGCGUGGUGCUCCGUCACAAGCAAUCAACUCUCUGUCAUCGGCCAAACUGAUGCUGAGAAGCCUCCUGGUCAAGUUAAAGCAGGCAAACACAGACCCAGUGACACAAACGCUGGCCGAGAAACUGCAGAAGCCAUGUGAUGACCUGAGUGCCAGUCUCGACACAAUAGUCCGGAGAAUCGAUGAGCUGAAGGGCACAUGAGAGGGGACUGUGAUACGGAAAUAUUUUUUAUUAAAAUGUCCAAUGUA